GCUACGCGUCCAUGGCCGGUCAGCCGGGAGCUACGGCGGGGCGGCUCGGCCCGGAGGUGGGAGGGCGGGCGGCAGGUGUGGGCGGGGCGGCGGCACCGGGAGGCGGUGGGAACCGAGCACCUGCCCCGAGCUCCGGCCCGACCCGACCCGGAAUGACGAGAGGGUCUCCGGGUGCGGGGCCGGAGGGCGGAGUUUGUCCCGCAGUGCGGAGUGUGGGCGACUCAGCGCUUGGGAACGGCGCUGGUGGCACAGCUGAAGUGAAAGGGCAGCAAGGAGAGGGCAGUGCCGAGCGGUUCUCAGCUCAACCUCUGCCGCUGCCUGGCCCAACAUGAUGAGACAUCGAGACUGAAGAAUGCAGGUGAUGGCGCGAGGAUACAGGGUGUGCACUUACACUGCUCCGUAAACUGCUCUCUUCAAACAGAGGGGGUUUGGGACUGGGAGAUGUGUGUGUACACACACACACUUAAAAGCAAAUAAAGCAAAUAAGUAAAUGAAUAAAU